CCUCAACCUCAUCUUUAAUUUGAUCUUGUCUUACGGCACCAUGUUCGGUGACUUUCCCGUCGACAACAAAAUCGUCCUGGUGACGGGAGGAGGAUCCGGGAUCGGGUUGCAGCUCUGCCGCCAGGCCGCCGCCAAAGGCGCCCGAAUCAUCAUUGCCGAUCUGCGCCUCAUUCCCGAAGCCCAACAGUUUGUCGACAGCUCCGACGCCGUCAUUUUCCAGCGCUGUGACGUCCGUAACUGGGCCGAGUUGCAAGCCCUCAUCCAGCUUUCGCAAGACAAAUGGAACGAUGUACCCGACGUGUAUGUCGCAUCAGCUGCCAUCUUUGAACCCUCAUGGUCCAGUUUCUGGGAAGACAAGGAAACGACCGACUACGCGUGUAUCGACAUCAACGUGAACCACCCUAUCAAGCUUACUCGACUGGCCAUCCGAGCUCUCCUGGGUAAGGACAAGAAGGGUGUCGUAUGCCUGGUCUCUUCUAUCGCGGGAAUAAAUGCUUCGAUCCGAAGCCCCCUGUACUGCGCAUCCAAACAUGCCAUCUGGGGCUUCGUCAAGUCGAUGACCAUGCUUGACCACUUGGAGGGCGUGAAAGUCACCUCCAUCUGUCCAGGCGUUGUCCCCACGCCUCUGUGGGACUCCGUCCCCGGUGUCCGCAAGCAUCUAUCCUAUGACCGAGUAAAACAUGUCCCGGCCGCAGAAGUGGCAGAGUACAUGCUCGAGCUGAUCCAGCAGGGCAAAUACCCCGGCGGUUCAGUGGUGGAGAUUACCAGCUCCGGCCCGGACGGACGUAGAGUCAUCCCGCCGUGGAAUGUCUCGCCACCGAAUGUGUAUGCCGGUGCGGAUAAGAAGAUGCUGGCUAACUUCAUCGAACCGGUCCGCGCAGCGUUGAAGAAUGAGCGGAAAGCGAAGCUGUAAUCAUUAUACCCUUAGUUAAUGCAAUCGACAAUGACACCUAUCGCAUCAAGAG